AUGGAACAUAAGAAUCAGACAGCAGUGACUGAAUUUCUCUUCUUGGGCCUCACAGAUCUUCUCUAUCAGAAGAUUGUCCUGUUUUUCAUGCUUCUUUUUAUUUAUCUUGUUACCCUGGGGGGUAACUUGGGGAUGAUUACUCUCAUAUGGCUUGAGCCCAAACUCCACACUCCUAUGUACUUUCUUCUUAACCAUUUGUCCUUUGUUGAUAUUUGUUCCUUUUCGUCCAUUGCUCCGAAAAUGCUGUGUGAUAUCUUUGCCAAGAGAAAGGUCAUCUCCUUUGUGGGUUGUGCUGCUCAGAUGUGUUUCUUUGGUCUUUUUGUGGCAACUGAGUGCUUCCUCCUGGCUGCCAUGGCAUAUGAUCGAUAUACAGCCAUCUGUAAGCCCUUGUUGUAUACACUCAUUAUGUCUCAGCGGGUUUGUGUUCAGUUAGUCAUAGGGCCUUAUGCCAUGGCUCUUAUCAGCACCGUGACCCAUACCACCUUGACUUUUUGCUUACCCUUCUGUGGUCCCAACAUCAUCAACGACUUUUUCUGUGACAUUUCCCCACUGCUUUCCUUAGUAUGUGCAGACACAUGGACCAAUAAGUUGGUGCUUUUCAUCCUGGCUGGAGCUAUAGGAGUGCUCAGUGGUCUGAUCAUCAUGAUCUCCUAUGUUUGCAUCCUCGUGGCUAUCCUCAAGAUCCAGACUGCCGAUGGCAGGUGGAAGGCCUUCUCCACUUGUUCUUCCCACCUCAUAGCUGUCUCCACUCUCUAUGGGACUCUUUUCUUUAUCUAUGUCCGACCUAGCUCAAAUUCCUCUCUGGACAUCAAUAAAGUGAUUUCUGUAUUUUACACGAUGGUAAUUCCCAUGUUGAACCCCAUCAUCUACAGCUUGAGAAACAAGGAAGUGAAGGAUGCGUUCAGGAGAAAGUUUGAAAGGAAAAACAUUCUAAUAGGUAGGUAA